UCUCAUCUGGCAGUGGGAUGCUUGGACGGACAAGAGGUGGACGCUGUGACUGAUUUGCCAACACGUCCACUCUCAACAGUCGACUCAGUCGACUCGUCGUCAGCCGCAAGACUCGCCUUGUCCAGUCUGCUAGUUAGCUACUGGUCGAUUACGAUCCUCACUGCCUCCCUCUCCGUGCGAAGCGGCCGCGUGAAAAGCGGGCGCGUUCUGACUACGACUCUAGCGCUGUCGCACAAGCGCCGGCCACGUGGUGCUCACCUAACUCUAACUGAAAUUUGGCCUCCGCUCGACAGCAGAAGCAGCGAAUUUCACCUCAUUAGGCAUCCCAUUAGCGUGACUGAUAAGUUUCCCCUAUUCCAGCAGCAGCAGCAGCAGCAGCAGCAGCAGCAGCAGCAGCAGCAGCAGCAGCAGCAGCAGCCAUGUGGUAUCUGGCGUAUUUCAUGCAUCGCCAUCUCGACUUCCGCCUCGACGAGCUGCAGUCGCUCGCCGUCCUCUCUGGCGUGCACCCGCCAGCUCAGAAGCCGGUGCCACGUCAUGAUGACGUGGGCUCGCGCCCGCCUGCCAGCUCGGCUUCGUCAGAGGGAGAGCGGGAGGGAGAGAAGGGAAGAGAAAGGGAGGAGAUGAACGAUGGAGAAGGAGUGGAGGGAGUGGAGGGAGUGGAGGGAGGGGAGGGAGUGGAGGGGAGGAGGGGAGAAGGGGAGAUGGAAGGAGAAGGAGAGGAUGAGAUAGCAGGGGGAGGGGGGAGCGCGUGGGAGCCGGUGAGGUGGAGGAAGCCACGUGGCGACCACAUGGACUCGCCUUUCUUCUACGUGGAUCUGCCGUCUGAUGACGUGGCUAGGCAAAUCGCUUCUAGAAGCCUGCUUAUAAAGGGGAUAUUCGAUAUCUGGGCGGAGGCCCCAACAUACAAGGCGCUAGAGCCGCUGGUGCAGGCGAGCAUGGCCGCUAAGAUCACACCCUUUAUAGACCCCUCUGCGUCCUUCAAGUUUGUGGUGGACGGCUUUGGGAAGAUCUUCUCCAUGGAGGAGCAGAGGGAGAGAAUGGAGCGGUUCAGAUACAUCCCCUUCCAGGGUCGUGUGAAUCUGAGCCGUCCCGACCACAAGUUCUGGGUGAUAGAGCAGGCAGCAGACAGCACCAAUAACGGCCUUCCCCCUAACAUGCCCACUCGCGUGUUUAUUGGCCGAGAGGUUGCAGUAACAGAUCGCACAGUGGCCACAAAGUACGAGUUGAGUCGCAGGCAGUACCUGGGCCCCACCGCCAUGGAUGCUGAGCUGGCGCUGCUGAUGGCCAAUCAGGCGCUUGCACGGCGGGGAGCGCUCAUGUACGAUCCGUUUGUUGGGACGGGGAGCAUUCUGGUUGCUGCUGCUCAUUUCGGUGCGGUUACUAUGGGAGCAGACAUCGACAUCAGGGUUGUUCGGGAUGGCAAGGGGCCAAAUCGGGACGUGUGGGCGAACUUCCACCAGUACUCGCUCUCUCCGCCAGUGGGAUUGCUGAGAGCCGACAACAAUUGCCCGCCCUGGAGGCAAGACUUGCGAGAGAUCUUCGAUGCCAUCAUUUGUGAUCCUCCGUACGGCGUUCGGGCAGGCGGCCGAAAGUCAGGAGGGAGGAAAAUUCUCAACGGGGUGACCGACCCUUACUCUAUAGCAGAAGACUUGAAAGCUGCCCACAUUCCCUCCACUGCACCUUACUCCCUAGAAGAAUGCCUGCACGAUCUUUUAGACACAGCUGCCCGGCUGCUUGCCAUUGGCGGGCGGCUAGUUUAUUUCUACCCGGCUGCCCGGGAGGAGUAUUUACCCUCGGAUAUUCCGGGGCACCCGUGCUUAAGGUUGGCGGCUAACAGUGAGCAGAUUCUGACCAAGAGGUGGAGCAGGCGGCUUGUGACUAUGGUGAAGGUUGAGCGGUACAGUGAUGACAUGGCAGCUGCACACGUGGCAGCUCAUGAGUGGUUUAGAAAGAAGCAAAUCGAGGAGAGUAAGCUGAUGAGGGAGACGGAGGAGGCGGGGGAUUUGGGGGGGGUAGGGGAGGGAGGCGAAAAAGGAGACAGGAAGGGGGAGAAGAAGGGUGAGGGAGAGAGGAAAACAGGGAGGUCGUUUCAUGACUUGGUGUUUGCAUCGAGGGCAGAUGAGGUGGCAGGGAUUCACCAGGAGGCGUCGGUGAGGGGCAUGAGGGACGAGAGGGGGGAAGGAGGGAGGGGCACGGCAGGCACCACAGAUGGGGCGAAGGGUGCUGGUAGUGGUUUAACCCGCAAGGCAGCAAAGGCAGCAAAGCAGGCGUCGCGGCCAUUGUACCGUGCCAAGUGUGUUUGAUGGAGGCGGGGAUUCACCAGCAGGCAUCGGUGAGAGGCCUGAGGGACGAGCGGGGAGAAUACAAGGGGGGGGGGGGCACUACAGGUACCACAGAUGGGGCAAAGGCCGCUGGUAGUGGUCUAUCUCUCAACGCGGCAAGGCACGCAUCUAGACCAGUGCUGAUCUUUGAGUUUUCGCUACUCUGAAAUCUGGCAGUGAUUUUUAAUCAGAACACUGAAAAUCUGAGUGAUUUCCAACAUUUUCCCUGAAUGGGUAAAAUACCCUUACGGCCCUUAUAAUAAGGGUGGGGUAGCUGUUGGACCCUUAUUUUUAAAAGUGGUUUAGUUUUUGACCCUUAUGAAAAAAACUAGAUCUAUACG